AUGGAUUCCUCUCUGCCAAACAACACCUUUCACAAGUUUCCGCGGCUCCCACCAGAGAUCCGCCGUGCUAUCUGGGAGCUCUGUCUUCCUUGUCGUGUUGUCGAGGUUGACUGCCCAUCCCCCUAUAUCACAGAGCCGUAUCGGACCUGCAGCUUUGCCACCACUACCACGACCAACACUCGACCGCCGUUGAUCUCCCGCGUAUGCUGCGAGGCGCGUGAGGUAGCAUUCGAGCAUGGCAGCAUAUACGGCAGCAUAUACGGGUCUGAGACUGAGGAAUGCUCCAAGGUCUCCAGCGACCCUGGCUACCUCUACGCCACCGUUGACGCCUGGAUCCAGCCGUCAGUCGACACCAUCCACCUAAACUGGAUGCCGGCUUAUAACUGGACGCUCGAGGGCUGGCAUGACGCGGACCCUAUUCCCUUCUUUCACUGGGUUGCCGAUCAGACAGGGGCACCCGCCGUGUCCAUCACGGCGGAAAUGCUUCUGCCAUUCCACGACGAUUGGUUCAAAGGGGGGACGCAGGCCAAUACGGACGCAAUAAUACAACUCGAUUGUCAAAGAGAGUACAUAGUCGCCCUUGUCAUGGUCAGCAUCCACAUCCCUCUCGACAUUGCCGCUCGCUCGGGGCUAUUCGGCCUGCUGGGCGACGAUAGAGUUAAGCUUGUCGAUCCGUCGGACUGGGUUGCCAUCGACAAGUACAUGGGGCUCUGGACCGACCACGGCUCUGUCGACGACAAAGAGGCGGUCGCCUUCAAGCAGCUCUUCUCAGACAGACAAGCCUUUCAGACACGCCUGGAGAGAUGGAAAGACGACGUUGCCAAAGUGUGGGUUUGGCAUUACUGGAACCACGGUAUGCAGAUACGCCAAGAACGGCCCGGCCAUGAACUGCCCGAUAGGGACGCUAUCUGGCUUGGGAGCAACAGCUGGCCAGAUCCGUGGACACAAGUGCCAGAUCCGUUGACGCGAGUGCCAUUUCUUUUCCAUCCGUGGUUCAUCGAUAUCGAGCACAGACAACUCAACGCCGAUUUGCCGUGGGUUCAGAGACAGAAGGAGCGCAUGCCUACAUUCCAUCCGAAGAUAAUGUUUAGAUUGUGUGGCAGGAAGUGCUUCCUGCCAAGGGAACUGCGCCCACGACUCGGAUGCAAACCUGCGGUUUGA